UUCGUGCCUAUUGUACGUUAAAAAAGCUGUAAAAUUCGCUUAAACUGAGUUAAAAUCUUAUUUGAAAAUAACUGUUUUCGAACCUUUCUAAUUCAGAGGCCUGCUAUCAACGGGUUUAGCUGGUGGAUCUCUAAUAGCCGAGGUGCUUUUAUUAAAUGCUCGUGUAUGUGGUCUAGGAGCAGUGAGCGGUUCAAAGGAGUGUCAUACAUCAUUAGAUCAGUACAAAGAAUUGAAAGUUAUGAACAAUUAUUUUGGAAUUGGACUGGAUGCAAAAAUCGCUUUAGAAUUUCAUAAUAAAAGGGAGGAGUCGGACAAGACCCGAAGCCGCUCCCGCUUAUUUAUGUGGUAUGGCAUUCUGGGUGGCAAGGAGUUGAUGCAUCGAACAUAUCGUAAUCUAGACCAGAGGAUACGAUUAGAGUGCGAUGGCAAAUUAAUUGAUCUUCCUUCUCUUCAAGGUCAUUAA